AUGUUACCUGAAAAAUGGAAAUGCUUUUGUUGUCCACCAAUAGUUAAACCACCUCGACGAGGUGUGAUUGUUCCUAUGGAUAGUACUCGACCCGAACAUGAACAACAAAUACAAACACAAGCACAUCAAUUACUUGCACAAGCACAAACAUCGCCAGUAAAGCCUAAGCGAAAGAAAUCCGAUUUAACUCUAGCAGCUGUUGUUAUAAUCCAAACAUGGUUUCGACGACGACGUGCCUUGUAUGAAAUGCGACGAAAAACUGCUUGGACGAUUUAUCAAAAUAUCGAGUAUGCUGGUGAACAAGAUCAACUCAAACUUUAUAAUUUCUUCCUCGAAUUAAUGCAGGCCGUCACUAAAAACCCUCAUGAUGCCCAAGUAGUUGCCAAAGUUCUUCGACGGAAUUCAAGUCUCACAGGUUUAGUCGAAGAGAUCGAGACAGAAAACUUGGCAACAGCAGAAGUUAUUAGUGUUGAAUCUUCCUACCGUGGACCACAUAUUCACACACCAAUCCAUAAAGGACAUUUUGAAGCACUAAUUAUUGCUUUUCAACGAGGCGAAAUGCUGCAUGCUCAUUAUGUGUUUUUAAUUCUCCACGAACUUCGUAACAUCCUUAAACGUCUGCCGAAUAUAAACAUUGUUUCCACUCACCAAUCGAAAUGUGUGACAGUUGUCGGAGAUUUACACGGGAGUUUGGCAGAUUUGAUGGUUAUUUUUCACAAGAAUGGCUUACCAUCGAAUGAGAAUCCGUACAUAUUCAAUGGUGACAUAGUCGAUCGGGGUUUUCAAAGCAUUGAAGUUUUCCUUCUAAUCAGUGUCGCGUUUAUUGUGUAUCCAAAUAAUGUCUAUUUAAAUCGCGGAAACCAUGAAGAUCAUGUAUUGAAUUUACGAUAUGGCUUCAUGAAGGAGAUUAUCUACAAAUACAAAUCAAACGCUACUCGACUGUUACGUCUAAUGGAAAAUAUCUAUAGUUGGUUACCAAUUGCAAGUCUGAUAGAUGACCAUAUCUUUGUUACACAUGGUGGUAUUAGUGACAUUACUGAUAUAAAAAAAAUCAAUCAAAUUAAACGUCAUAAGUAUGUUUCCGUCUUAAGUCCGAGUUUUAUUAUUCCUCCUAAUGAAGACCAAUUCCAAAUCAGUAGUAUUCCAAACGAUAUUUUACUCGAAUGGAGACAAAUAUUAGAUUUACUUUGGAGUGAUCCGAAACAAUCUGAUGGUUGUGAGCCAAAUACAUAUCGUGGGGGCGGGUGUUACUGGGGACCAGAUGUAACGCAACAAGUUUUACAAAAACACAACUGGAGUUUACUAAUUCGUUCCCACGAAUGUAAAGAAGAAGGUUUUGGCUAUAGCCAUGACAAAAAAGUACUCACAAUAUUUUCAGCGUCGAAUUAUUAUGCAGCCGGAAGUAAUCGUGGUGCGUAUGUGAAAGUAAUGACAAAUCAGCCGGUUGUCAUUGUACAGUUUAUGUCGACUAGAACGUCGCAGAGAACACUGACAUUAUGGGAAAGAGUAUCCUAUGUGGAAGAUCAAGCGAUUAAAAAUCUUGCCGAAAAAUUCACGGCAAAUAAAAGUCGUCUUAUGCACGAAUUUCAACUUUUCGACGUACAAAAUACAGGUCGUAUAUCUGUCAAUGAUUGGUGUGAUGUCGUUACACGUGUUCUUGAUUUACAACUUCCAUGGCGAACAUUAAAAUCACGGCUUGUUGAUACGGAUACGAAUGGAAACGUUGUCUAUGAGUCAACAUUUCGUUCGAGAGAAUUGCAAUUUACAUCGAGUGUGUCAACAAAUACGAGACGAGAAAGUCUUUGUCAAGCAAUCUAUCGAAAUAAAGAUCUGCUCGAAACUGUUUUUCGAGCGAUUGAUAAGGAUAACUCAGGUGUUAUUUCAAUGCAAGAAUUUACUGAAGUAUGUUCAUUUCUCGGUAAACACAAUGGAUCGACACUGGAUGAAAAGCAAAUCAUGGAUUUAGCUGCUAGUAUCGAUCUUAAUAAGAAUGGUGUCAUUGAUUUCAAUGAAUUUCUCGAAGCAUUUCGCAUUGUUGACAUUGGUGAUCGUUUAUAG